UUACCGUGAUCACUUCCCGUCAGACAGUAAAGAUGGCGGUUGAACAGCAUUGAAUAUGUUCUGUAAUAAGCCAUUAAAACGCGGGUAUUUGCCAAUGUUUCAAUGGGGCGAAGACGCCGAGCCCCUACUUAAUAAUUACAUCGCGCGAAAUGAUAUAGAAUAUGUGUAACAUUUAUUCCAGUUUGAAGUAAUUGCGAGUCGAUAGUUUACAUUUUUUUCGGUCUCCAUCGGUGGAGCUUUCCUUGUUAUUUUAAAAUGGCUCCAGUGCAGAUUGGAUCAGAUGGGCAACUGGUCCCUAUCGGGGGUCCCACCUCGGCCACCCAACCACCUUCUUCCGGACCCCAGGCGACGCAAGGGGUCCGGCUGAGCCUGCUGAUUGAGUUUCUCCUGCAGAGGACCUACCAUGAAAUCACCCUGUUGGGUGAACUUCUACCCAGAAAAACAGACAUGGAAAGAAAAAUCGAGAUCGUUCAGUUUUCUAGUCGGACCAGGCAGCUGUUUGUUCGUCUCCUUGCCCUGGUGAAAUGGGCCAGCAACGCUGGGAAGGUGGAAAAGUGUGCGAUGAUCUCCAGCUUCCUGGACCAGCAGGCCUUCUUGUUUGUGGACACGGCUGACAGGCUGGCAUCACUGGCGAGGGACGCCCUGGUGCACGCACGCCUGCCCAGCUUUGCCAUCCCGUUUGCCAUUGAUGUGCUCACCACCGGCUCAUACCCGCGCCUGCCCACCUGCAUACGAGAUAAAAUCAUUCCUCCAGAUCCCAUCACUAAAGUGGAGAAACAGACAACCCUGAACCAGCUCAAUCAGAUCCUGCGACAUCGUCUUGUCACAACAGACCUACCACCUCAGCUAGCCAACCUCACCGUGGUUAACGGGCGUGUGAAGUUCCGCGUGGAGGGGGAGUUUGAGGCCACUUUGACAGUGAUGGGGGAUGACCCAGAUAUUCCCUGGAGACUCUUGAAGCUGGAGAUACUGGUGGAGGACAAGGAGACUGGAGAUUGCAGAGCUCUUGUCCACAGUAUGCAGGUGAACUUCAUCCAUGAGCUGGUGCAGUCGCGCCUGUUUGCAGACGAGAAACCACUGCAGGACAUGUACAGCUGCCUGCAUUCUUUCUGCCUGUCUCUCCAGCUGGAGGUCCUCCACUCCCAGACCCUCAUGCUGUACCGAGAGCGCUGGGGAGACCUGGUGCAGGUGGAACACUACAUGCCUGCCAAGUGCCUCACACUGGCCGUCUGGAACCAACAGGUCUUGGGCAGGAAGACUGGCACUGCGUCGGUCCACAAAGUCACCAUCAAGAUUGAUGAAUCAGACGGCUCCAAGCCUCUGCAGAUCUCCCAUGAUCCUCCGCUCCCUGCCUGUGACUCCAGACUGAUGGAGAGAGCCAUGAAGAUUGAUCACUUGUCAGUGGAGAAGCUUUUGAUUGACAGCGUGCACGCUCGCUCUCAUCAGAAGCUGCAGGAGCUGAAAGCCAUCCUGAAGAGCAGCAACCCCAGCGACAGCUCGUUCAUAGAGACCGCUCUGCCCACUCUGGUCAUUCCCAUCUUGGAGCCCUGUGGACGCUCCGAGUGCCUGCACAUCUUCGUAGACCUGCACUCGGGGAUGUUCCACCCCAUGCUGUAUGGGAUCGAUCAAUCCAUGCUGGAUGACAUCGAGAAGACCAUCAACGAUGACAUGAAGCGCAUCAUAUCCUGGCUACAGCAGCUCAAGUUUUGGUUAGGAGAGCAGAGGUGUAGACAGUCUGUGAAACACCUCCCCACUAUCUGCACAGACAUACUACACCUCUCCAACUCAGCUUCCCACCCUGCCAGCAGCCUAUCAAAACACAGGCUCUUCAUCCGGCUUACCCGCCUACCACAGUAUUACAUUGUGGUAGAGAUGCUGGAUAUGCCUGGCUGUCCCACGGAGCUACAUUACAAGUACUCCUUCCUGUCUGUGUCUCAGUUGGAAGGUGAAGAGGGACCUCCAUGCGCCCAGCUCCUGCAGCAGUUCAAGCCGAACCUGGAACAGCUCGUCCUGGACAAUUCCGCUGGCCAAGGGGCCCGCCCGGGAGCUAAGAGAAAACUAUCAGGAGACCAGGGAGCUCUGGAGCCCAAGAAGCCCAAGCGCUCGGGGGAGAUGUCUGCCUUCAACAAGGAGCUGGCUCACCUAGUGGCCAUGUGUGACACCAACAUGCCCUUCAUAAGCCUCAGAGUGGAGUUAUCUCAGAUGGAGAUUCCCCACCAGGGUGUGCAGGUGGAAGGAGACGGCUGCAGCCACGCCAUCCGCAUACUCAAGAUCCCUUCCAGUAAGGGCGUAGGGGAGGAGACGAGUCUGGCUUUGGAGCGCUCUCUACUGGAUUGCACCUUCCGUCUGCAGGGCCGGAACAACCGCACAUGGGUGGCAGAACUAAUUCUGACCAACUGCCCACUCAACAGCACACACAGCAAAGAGCAAGCGUCUACACGCCAUGUGUAUCUGACCUAUGAGAACCCUCUGUCUGAGCCUGUGGGAGGGAGGAAGGUGGUGGAGAUGUUCCUCAACGACUGGAUCUCCAUCAACCAGCUCUACCAGUGUGUCCUGGUGUUCUCACGAUCACUAGCAGAGAUGCCGUCCUACCUGAGUCUGUUUAGUGAGAUCCGGCUGUAUAACUACCGCAAACUGGUUCUGUGUUACGGCAGCACCAAGGGCAGCUCAGUGACCAUCCAGUGGAACAGUAGCAGCCAGAGGUUCCAUCUCUCUCUAGGAACAGUAGGCCCUAACUCAGGCUGUAGUAACUGUCACAACAUUAUACUGCAUCAACUACAGGAGAUGUUCAACAAGACCCCUACUGUGGUCCCGCUUCUACAGGUGCUGUCAGAUACCCAGGCCCCUCUGAAUGCCAUCAACAAGCUGCCCACGGUGCCCAUGCUGGGGCUGACCCAGCGCACUAACACGGCCUAUCAGUGUUUCUCCAUCCUUCCCCAGUCAGCCACACACAUCCGCCUGGCCUUCCGCAACAUGUACUGCAUCGACAUCUACUGCCGCAGCCGCGGGGUGGUGGCCAUAAGAGACGGGGCCUACAGCCUCUUCGACAACACCAAGAUCGUGGAGGGCUUCUACCCCGCCCCAGGGCUCAAGACGUUCCUCAACAUGUUUGUUGACAGUAACCAGGACGCUCGGCGACGCUCCGUCAAUGAAGACGACAACCCGCCCUCGCCGGUGGGAGGCGACAUGAUGGACACCUUUAUGAGCCAAUUACAGGCCCAGCAGCAACAACAGCCAAUGAGAGCGGGUCCUGGUGGAGUGUACCCUCCCUUAACCUCCCCUCCCACCCCUUACCAUCCCAACGUGCCCACACAGUCCCCAGGUGCUCUGGACCCCAGCUCCCCCUAUGCUAUGGUAUCUCCCAACCAGAGGGGCCAGUGGCCAGGCUCUCCCCAAGUCUCAGGGCCCUCUCCUGGGGCUCGCAUCCACGGCAUGUCCCCUGGAAACCCCUCACUCCACUCUCCCAUCCCCGACGCCUCACACUCCCCGCGCGCCGGCUCCAGUGAGUACCACACACACACACCGCUCACCCUUUUUAAAAUCAUUUUUAUCUCCCUUUCCCUUCCUUUAUCCUCCCCCUCUCUUCCUUUUUCCUCUUCUUCCCCUUCUUCGUCCUCCUCUCUCAAGGUGGCCGGCCCACCAUUCAAGUACAACACGCUGAAUGCCUUCACCAAGCUGCUGGGCGCCCCCACCAACAUCCUCAGGGACUGUGUCCGCAUCAUGAAGCUUGAACUGUUCCCUGACCAGGCCACCCAGUUAAAGUGGAAUGUCCAGUUCUGUCUUACCAUCCCCCCCAGCGCCCCUCCCAUCGCACCCCCAGGAACCAUCGCUGUGGUGCUCAAGUCCAAAAUGCUCUUCUUCCUCCAGCUGACCCAGAGGCUGCCGCUGCCCCAGGAGCCGGUCAACAUCAUUGUUCCCAUCGUAUACGACAUGGCCACGGGCUUGACCCAGCAGGCUGACAUCCCCAGACAACACUCCUCCUCUGGGGCAGCAGCACUUAUGGUCUCCAACAUCCUCAAGAGGUUCAGCGAGCUGCACCCAGCACGACAGGGUGAGUGCACUAUCUUUGCCUCAGUUCACGAGCUCAUGGCCAACCUCAACCUGACCCCUGGUGGUCGUCAGUAGCAACCCCACCUCCCUAGUCGGAAAUGGAACCAGAACGGGAACACAACUGAAUAUGGUUCUAUUCUGGAACAGGGAAAGGUUCCUUUCUGGAGUCUAAUGAACUGGAGAUGACGUGCGCCCGCUGGAUUUCCUAAUGCAACAUAUAUCCUCUCUGCCUCAGCCAACCGACCUAAAACUGAUGUACAGUUAGUUUUUCUGUCAAAAAAGGGAGCAGAAUUAUGCAGAACCAUCACACAGUUUUUAGUCUUGAUAAAGAACACAUUCAUGACCCAAAUAAAGGAGUGUUUAUCUUGAAAAAGAGAAGUAUUCGUUGUCAGAAGAAAUUCCAAAAUAUGUAUUUUUUUCCUCCAGAUGCACUUCUUAUCAAAGGAUUCACAAAUUAAGAAUAUGGGUGUUUACCUAAAGAUGCACAUUGUUGUAAAUUUCAGCAUUAUAAAGAAUAGUAAUGACUUUUGCUAGAGCAUGAAUUCACAUUCGUUCCUUUUUAUAAUGGAAGAUAUCAAUACUGUUGUGGUACUGGGGCCGAAUUGUAUCUUAGUACACUAUUUAAAUGUAUUUUUCCCUUUUAUGAUGUCAAACCUAGUCCCUUCCUAGUUCAAACGGGUCACUUUGAACACUGUAAAACUGUGACAAACUUUAUAAGCCAGCUGUAUUGUAUGACUGCUUUUGAGUCCUGAAUGAAGAUCCAGUCUAUCUUUGAUUACUAUUUAAUAAACCAAUUUUUAAAAAUAA